UUUACAUAUAUGCUACCCAAUUUUUGAUUCUACUUCGUCAUUAUCGGGAUUUAUGAAAACUUCUUAGGUUAGAUUUCUUCUUUCCAAACCUGUUAAUUAUUUUAAAUGGCUGAUAAAGACUUUUUUGAACCGACUGAUUCUGGUCCAGGUUUUGUUGGUAUCAAGUUCUGUAAAGAAUGCAACAAUAUGUUGUAUCCUAAAGAAGACAAAGCUAACAAAAUUCUCUUGUAUGCAUGUCGUAAUUGUCAAUAUCAGGAAAUUGCCGACAACACGUGUAUUUAUGUGAACAGAAUCACUGCUGAAGUGGAUGAAUUCACACAGAUUAUUGGUGAUGUAAUAGCUGAUCCAACAUUGCCGAGAACAGAAGAUCAUCCUUGUCCAAGAUGCGGUCAUAGACAAGCGGUAUUUUUCCAGUCUCAUAGUUCCAAGGCCGAGGAAGGCAUGAAAUUAUAUUAUGUUUGUACUAAUCAACAAUGUAUUCAUCAAUGGACUGAGUAAUAACACACGUGUGUAUUAUUAUUACUUGUGGCAUUUUUUACAUAAUACGAAUAUUCUUUUAUUUGUUUCAGUCAUUUGACUGUGGCCAUGCUGGAACACAUUUGGUAUAUUAUUGGCUUAAUAAGUCUAAACUACUGAAAGGAUAUAUUUUCUUAAUUACUCAUAUAACUUCAUUGUAAUUCAUUUUAAGAAGUUUUCUGUAAGUUACAUGUAUUGGAACAUAGGCUAACUUCAGGCAGUUGCAGACUGUUGAAAUACACAAAGCUAUUCGUUUUAAAUACCUUUUGGUGUUUCAGGCUAUAAAUUUACCGUUUUAUUGUAUAUGGAUCAUGUUCAUUAUAAACAUUGGAUUUACAUA